GGAAACAUUAGCAGCUACUCCUCAGCAGCACGCUCUUUACCGGGCAGCAACCGAGCCGUUCGAGACGACUUUUCUUCCCCUCAGGGCUGUACGAUCGAGAUAAUGGCGUCCAAUAACAGUCAGGUUGGAAAGUGGGAAGUCGUGAAAAAAAGCAAGAAACCGGGCACCGCCGGUAGCGGAGGGAAAAAUCUCGGCGAGAAGAAAAGUGGACGGAAAGCUCUGAGCGAAUCCAACAUGACGAGGACCGACCAGUUUCCUCCCCUGGUGACAUCGGGGACAUUGUUCGAGGCUUUUGAGAAGAUGGGGAAGAAGCAUAACAAGGAGCAGGUUCCUCCAGCCGAGCCCAGCAACAAGAAGCCUUCAGUGGGCAAACAGAAGGCCAAGCUUCCCCCUGCCUCUACACAGACACACAACACACACAAGAACCUGGAGGAUGCAUUCAAAGCUAUGGACGUGGGGGAGCUGAAGCAGCAGUUGGACCGGAGCCAGACUCUAUUCCCUGACAACCCGUCAGUGUGGGUCAAAGACCUGGCAGGAUACCUCAACCACGCCCUGGCUGCUCCAGAGACUGAUCCCACCCUCAGCAGCUACACACACGAUUACCCAUACUGCCUUGCGGGGAAGGAGCUGAGGGGUGUGGUCAAAGCUUUGAUUGGUCGCUGCAACGAGAGUCUACAGGACUUCUAUGACCACUGUGUUUACACCAUGCUGAGAGAACUGGACAAACAGACAGGAGAGCCUCUCCAUGGUUACCGGGUGUGUAUCCAGGCCAUCCUACAAGACAAGCCCAGAAUGGCUACACAGAACCUUCCUGACUAUCUGGAGUUGUUGCGGUCAGUUCAGAACCGUCCGGUCAAGUGUCUGACAAUCAUGUGGUCUCUGGGACAGGCUGGCUACUACGACCUCAGCCAGGGGCUACGAGUAUGGCUGGGUAUCAUGCUGCCAGUCCUGGGGGUGAAGGCCCUGUCGUCCUACGCCAUCGCAUACUUGGAGAGACUACUGCUGCUCCAUGUUAACCUGACUAAAGGUUUUGGGGUCAUGGGACCUAAAGACUUCUUCCCUCUGCUGGACUUUGCCUACAUGCCAAAGAAUGCCCUGUCACCAAGCCUCCAGGAGCAGCUGUGUCGUCUGUACCCUCGUCUGAAGGUGUUGGCUUUUGGGGCGAAGCCCGAGAUGACCCUCCACACCUACCUGCCCUCCUUCUUGUCCCGGGCCACGCCCCACUGCCCUGAAGAUAUGAAGAGAGAGUUGCUGAGCUCCAUGACGGAGUGUCUCUCUGUGGACCACCAGAGUCUGGGGGUGUGGAGACGGCUCUACACCAAACACUUACCACAGUCCAGUCUGCUGUUAAACCAUCUACUGAAGUCCUGGAACACCCUGCCACCCAAGUUGCGCGGUUGGCUGCAGGAGACUGUCCAGUCAUUCAGAGUGACCAAUGAGGAGCUGAGGGACACUGCUAACUCUGCUGACCUACAGGACUGUAACAAGCUCUGUCAUUGUCUCCAGUUGAAGAUGUCAGGACGAGGUUUCCCCUGGUCCAGACUCUUUAUGGCUUUACUGGUGUUUGCUGCCGGGUUCAUUACACACGACAUCCGAUCCCGUGGCUCCUUCACAGACUCAGCCACAGCGAGCUAUCUCCACAGUUCAGGGGUGAUGGGAGUGUCUCAACAGGCCUGGAGCAAAGUCACCCUCUACUCACAACAGGGCUUCAGCUGGCUGGAUACCAACACUCCCUACUACUACUCAGAGUGUGUCCGUGUGUUGAGUCCGGUACUGGAGCAGACCUGGGAGAGAACUAAAGAUGCUGCCAUCUACAUCUCAAAACUCACAACACAAUUCAUUGACUGGAUCCAUCACAACACACCCCUAUUAGUAGAAUGGCUGAGUUCCAGCACUCCAGACAGUGUGUUCCUGCUGAUAGACUACCUGAAGCAGCUGUUACUGUUCCUCCAUACCAACUACCUGCUGCCAGCUCUCUCACACGCCUCCCAUCUAAUAGUACAGGCCUGGACGGCACUGCAGGACUCCUGCAGUGGGGAGGUGUCUGUAUCAUGUCUCCAGACCUACGCCCUCUCUCUGAAAUCUACCUGGCUCCUGCUACAAGACACCAGCAAUGCCAUCAAGACCUGGAUACAAGACCUGCUUCAGACCUGAUACACACACACACACACACGCACACGCACACGCACACACACACGCACAUUUAUACUGAUACACACACAUACUUCAUGCAUAUACACGCUUUAAACACAGUCUGAGACUCUUUGCUUGCGUUGCUCUGGC